CUGCGGAACGUUCGCCAGAAACGCGGAUGACAUAAGCGGAGGCCUCCCGCGAGAACCGAGAAAGAAACCCUUCCCCUUCUGUCCGGGGGAUCGCGGGCCAUCUCGCGUUCACGUAUCCUACACGAAACGCCUUUGUCGAGCGCCCGAAUCACCUCCUCAUCCUUUGCCUCCCUCCUACCGCCUGAAUCAGGGUGAAAUCACGCGACGGCGAUUUUGCCGCCAGUAUGCGAUAUUAAUGUCUGAUAACGUUCACGUACAGAGUUACGUAGAUCGGGUUGCGUUAAUUGACGACGGUGUAAUUAGCCCCAACAGCAUUAUCGACGGACUUUAGGGGUUGCUGCGGGCUACGGGUUACGCGUGUUUCAUCGCCGAAAAGCCAUAUCUGAAGGAUCGAGGGCUUUCAGGGUAAUCCCGGUAAUUGAGAUACGAGAAAGCCACCGUGUAUCAUGAUACAGUAAAGGACAAUCGUUGGAAAGGCAAGCAGGUUUUUGAUCUUUUUAAUUUUUAAUAUAGCUUUUUGCCAUUGCAACACUGACAGUUAUUGUUCUCUCUCAUCUCCAAGCAUUAGUUGUCAAAGUUGAGGUACAAAUACACUUUAGUGAGGAAUUAAAGUUAAGUAUUGGAAACUUAUACGAUGCAUACGUUUCGCUCAGAGGAUCUUUAAUUUCACCCCCAAUCUGGCCGUGGACGUUAUGAUCCUGAAACAUCCUGUAUAACUUGUAUAAAAAAGAAAAAUUUAAUGAUACAGAGACCUUGUUUUCUGCAACUGUUAUUUUCUCAAAAGUCAGCUAAGAUCAGCUCUUCAGUCUCGCAAUCUUCGCGGAUUACAGUAGUAUAGCGCAGGAUCUGAUCAGCCGGCGAGCGCGCGCGCGAGAACCACCUUCGCUUAUUUCAAUGAAUUCGUUCAUGAAUAGCAUGAAUACAUCACAGUGAGAUUUUAUGCAUUCAUCGACUCUGGUAUAGUCUCCGCUAUGUGGGCGAGCGUUCAUUUCACUCUCUCUUCAUCCUUCCGAUCGCUCGUCCUUUCAUCCCGUGUACGCGCUGUCGGCGUGCGAAGGACUUCUCGACGAGAAAGGGGCUGUUUACCAUAAAUGUCCCAACCCGUCUAAUAUCCCGUUGACAGACCGAUCGCGGUCACGCGAGGACGCUCGGAGGGUGCGGAAAACGCGGAGUAUGUGAGGAGUUCGAUCGAGAAACGCUUUUCCGUUCCUGGGGACUCGUAGCGACGCGUUUUCGGCCGCCCCGGAAGUGCGCACCGUCGUUGCGUCCCGGACGAGACGACUUAAUCAACCCCCGUGAAGAACAUUCGCGGAACGCGAGUCAUUCAGCUGAAAUACCGAUGGCGACGGUAACUCCACGCUGAGACGAUAAUGCAACGCUGAAGGGCCUUCCACUCGCGAAAGCGGAUGAAGAGGGCCGAGUGUAAGGAUGAGUGCUCGUAAGAGUUGAAGGGGAAAAUCUACACAACGAAUAGCAACAGCCUGCCUCGUCCAUUGCGACCAGCUACAUAUCUCACGUUAAGAUGACAUAGAAUGGGUUGGGUGGCGCUAGGGCGGUGUGCGGGUGGUGGCGGCCGCCUCUCGUCCAUCCUCUCACUGUCUCUCACCUCCCUCGCAAGCUCCCUCAUCUUCACCUCCCUCUGUAUCCUCACACUUGCCUUUACUCUUGUCACCCUCGCGCGUGCCGAGGACAUCUUCGAGGAGGGCAAGUCGGACAAGGAGAUCCUGGACAACCUGCUGCUGUCGACGCGUUACGACAAGCGGCUUCUGCCCCCGGUCGAAGAUGCUGCUUUCUGCUGCGGAAUGAGAUGGCCUGGUGACACUACCGGCUUGACAAACCAGUCGUCGGUCGACUCCAAGUACCAGAACAAGAACCAGAACAAUAACCACUACACGCCGCACCAAUACCUACGCACUCACCUUCGCGGAACCUUGACUGUGAACGUGAGCGUAUUGCUGUUGAGCUUGGCUUCUCCCGACGAGUCCAGUCUGAAAUACGAAGUGGAAUUCCUGCUCCAGCAACAGUGGUACGAUCCGCGAUUACGCUACAGCAACAGAUCCAGAUAUGAGUUUUUAAAUGCGAUUCACCAUUACGAGGAUAUCUGGUUACCGGAUACGUAUUUCAUAAUGCAUGGAGAUUUCAAGGAUCCCAUCAUCCCCGUUCACUUUGCCCUGCGGAUAUACCGCAACGGCACCGUCAACUAUCUUAUGCGGCGUCAUCUUAUCCUAUCCUGCCAGGGUAGACUUAAUAUCUUCCCCUUUGACGACCCAUUGUGUUCAUUCGCGAUUGAGAGCAUAUCUUACGAGCAAACGGCGAUCAUGUAUGUGUGGAAGAACGACGAAGGUACAUUGCGUAAAAGCCCAAGCCUAACGUCAUUGAAUGCGUAUCUCAUUAAGAAUAAGACAACUUCGUGUCCGAUCAAAGUAAGCUGGCGAGCUGAUGGACAGAUCAGGUUCGACGAGGACGAGUUCAGUGAUGGGGAAUCUAAGUGUUCGCUGUGCCAGCGCAGGUUUGAGGAGCAAGGUAAUUACAGCUGCUUGAAGGUGGAUCUGAUCUUCACGCGGGAUCGCGCCUUCUACUUUACCACGGUUUUCAUCCCGGGGAUUAUUCUGGUAACCAGCUCCUUCAUCACAUUCUGGCUCGAAUGGAAUGCUGUGCCGGCGCGAGUGAUGAUCGGUGUAACAACGAUGCUCAACUUUUUCACCACGUCGAAUGGCUUCCGGGGGACGCUGCCCGUCGUUUCGAACCUGACUGCCAUGAACGUGUGGGACGGCGUGUGCAUGUGCUUCAUCUACGCGAGUCUUCUCGAAUUCGUCUGCGUGAAUUACGUCGGCCGCAAACGGCCGAUGCACAACGUUGUCUAUCGUCCGGGCGAGAACCCCGUCACCCAGCGGCUCCCAGCGGUGCUCAGCAGGAUAGGAAUUAUAUUGGCCAGCCCUUUGAAGCGGGAGGGCGGAGCUACUACCGGUGGUGCUACUGGAGCGAACGAGAUCGUCACCUGCACCAACUGCGGACCUAAUCCCUGCACGCACACGGCAACGAAUGGUUGCACUGGCGAGCUAAGGAAAAAAGAGCCGCCGCAUCCGAUUAGAGUGGCGAAGACGAUCGACGUGAUAGCCAGGAUCACUUUUCCAGUCGCCUAUUUCAUGUUCCUCACUUUCUUCUUCAUUCACUACAAGGGCACCUCAUAGAGUGGCGCACACAACGAUCCCGAGUGAUUUCUCAUCGCCGAUCUGAGCGACAACGAAGCCUCGCGCGACAAGGCGACAACGACGCCCGGCCGCGGGGACCGGAUCUACGGUGGGUUCGAGUUUUCUUCCAAGACCGAGGAUACCUCCAAGGUAGCAUCGCAGAAGUUUGCGGCGACGACGGCAAUGGAUGGCGAGGCUGAUGUAGCUCAGAGUAACACGUGAAUGAAGUCUUUGACGUUCACGGGAAACCGUGCAAGCGAGACGAAAACGGAUUAUUCGUAAUGAACAGGCGUAUAAGGGUUCCCUGAAGGAAGAGAAGAAGGAGGAGGAGAACAAGUAAACCGGGUAACCGGGAGACAUUCGAGGACGAUGCGAACAUAAGAGAGAGAAGGGUCACCCACGGUGGAUUCGUCUCCGACUUAUUCCUCAUCUUCUCUCACGUGUGAUAGCUCUUGAAAGCACUUCUCUACGAAGACAGUAGGUCCGCGAUCGUGUACACCUAUAUCUCCGCGCGCGUUUCUUUUCCCUUUCUUAUCUCUUAGGUAAGUAGGGUGCGAGCGCUUCAGCCGAGAGGAUGACGCUUAGCUUAGUCGAUGAUGAUACGUACUACCUAACGUAAGACCUCGCUAGUACAUAGCACAGUGAACGGGAAAAUGUUGCCUAUGAACUGAACGCCGCUGAUCCAUCGCGUUCCAUCGUUAUCGAUCCUUCGCUCGUCGUGCUGCGCCCGAUUCGAAGGUCGUUGCGAGACAUAUGAUAACGGAACGUCCGUAUCGUUCGUGCGAACAGAAAUUGAACGCGAAACGAUUCGUUCAAGGAAAAAGACAAAAAGGUAGGCAACCGUUUCAGGGUACAGCUUGAUGUGAUAUGAUCCAUUCGUGUAUCUUGAUGAGUAUCGGGACGAGGAGGCAUAAAAAAAGGAUAAACGUUUCCGCAAUUAGGAUGUCGUAGAUAGAUCCCUUUUGCUGUAAUAACGUCUUGGGGUAGGUGCACAGCUCGUUUCACGCGUGAAGUAUCUUGUGCAUCGAUUGAACAGAUACGCCGGAAGCUGUCGGAAGAGCAAAGUAUAUACAUGUACGUGCGGCAAUUUAUCACGACGCCGGUGAAGCCGGGAAGAAAAAUUGUCGCCAUGGUCACGCGACGAAAAGCAAGAUAGGAAUGCCGCCCCUGUUCACUUAACGUUUGCUUUCGUGUAGAAGAAGAUAUCGCGGAGUACGACGAAUACUCGAGGGGGAGAAAAACGCGGUCACGUGCACAAGGCGAAAAGGGCUGUCCACUUUUUGACAUUACUGAAAGUAACGACGCGACGCGACGCGACGUUCGUGCCGUACCCCAACCCCGGGGGAACGCCGAUCGUCUACGACACGAUCGAUCCAGCGCAUGCAUCGUCGGCUGAUCCGAGAUCUCUGCGUGUAGCCCGCGUAAGAUGUAUUUUAGGCGCAACAUCACUCUCUAACGCUACACAUUCUUUACUCUCUACUCUCUAUUCUUGUUAUUACUAUUACUACUUUUAUUAUCGUCCGCAACUAAUAUUAUACUAUUGUACUGUUAUACGGUUGCUACUCUACUAUCGUAUUACCGCUACCACUACAUUACGAGUUACUAUUGUAAUACUACGGAGAUCCUGCGGAUUUCCCGCGUAGAAGGCAUGCGGGGUCCGGGGGCCGCAUUCGCGCGCCUCUUGUAUCCUUUGUACUGAUCAAGUCACACUACUUGUUGUCCAGCAAUAUACGAAGAAACGGCAGACCAAGAAAACGCGGUACGUACACGCCGGGAACGUGUAUGCCGGGUGUAUAAUCUUGAUAAUCGCGACGAUUGCUCGAGAUUCAGUAUAGAUAUAGCGUGUAAUUAUGUAAAGCCAUACACACACACACACACACACAAACGAUCGUCUCAUUGUCUUUAUUGCGGAAUGCGUGCAAACGAGAUAUUUCUCAAUAUAUUAUAUAACGAAAACAAAUACGUGGAACAUGCGGAAACACAAGCCACGCACGCAUGCACGCACUCACGCACUCACGCACGCACAUACGCGUAUACGAAACGACGAACGCGCGUUUUGCAGAUUCAAAAGAUAUUUAUUGAGGAUCGAUACCUUUGACGACGGUUAGCGUUGCAUUUAUUCGUUAUGCAAAGGAAAGUUAAAGUUAGUUAAAGUUAAGUUCCUCGCGAGGAACUUAACAAAGAGGAACUUAACAAAAAGGAAGUUAACAAAGUUGGAUAUUAAACAGUUGAUGUACAUUAUCCUUGGUCACCGAAAUAGAACACGUGAAUUUUCACUUAUUUUUAUAAAAAUAUCGUACAUCAUCUUUUUUUCAGUAUUUAUCAUUAUGAUCGUGCUCGUAAAGCAAGAGAAAAAUGAAAAAAGGAACGUUUAAGUAGCUGCAGUCAUCGCUAACGGUCGUCUAAAGAGUCGAAACCUGAAUGAUAAAUAUAUAAAUAAUAUAAAUAAUACUCAUUGACACAGAUCUCGUCUGACAACUGACUGCCAAAGACUUUCAUUGGUAAGCGUAUGUAUCUUUCUCUAACAUGGGACUCUUUUCACCGUUGCGCGUUACAAAGCAGAAGCGAAGUAAGAUCAUUUUACGGCAGAUCGCAUGACGCAGCAUCGAUGUCACCGCUAGAAUGAAACACCCGCUUAAACAUUCGGUUCAAAAUCGCUGCUUAACUCUGAAAUGCAUUCGCUUGCUGCUCGACGAUGUUAGCCGCAUCACAGAUUUUUAAAAGGAGAAAAGAACAUAAAGCGACAAGUGGACGCAAAUGGACCGCAGCUCGCUGCGAUCUAAUUUUAUGAUUAAGGGUGAAGAUGAUUGACGUGCGUCAGCUUUGAUUGGAAAAACGAAAUUGAAGCACUCGUAAUUGAAGUUAACGUUACAGUCUUUUGAUAAAUAAUUAAAAUAUCUUUACGUAUUUCUAUUAUAUGUCUGCAAUUUUACCGAGGGGAGAGCAACCGUAAUAAAGAUGAAUCUCUUAAAAAUAUCUUCUUGCGAUUAUAUUGAGAUUAUUUAUUAUAUCGAUUAUUUUUGCAGAAUAAACGAGAAAUAAAAUAAAAAUGAAAGAGAAGAAUGAUGCAUUUGAUAGUUAACGAAAGACUUUUUCGAUUAAUUUAUUAUGCGUCAAAGAGAAAUCUUCUCUGCCGCUUAAUUUACAUCAUUCAACAGAUAUUAUACAAGGAACAUUUCACACCCGAUUUAUGUUUAAAUAAAUCGUACGAUUAAGCGAGAUGCGCUCGAAGUGACAGGAAGAGAGGAAAGAGGGUAUAAAAUAGUAUUUUAAAAAAAUAUCCGUACGCGAAUGUUACAGUUCUUUCAGAAGGAUCCCGCAAUACAUAAUAAACUCUAGAUUACGCAAUAAUAUUAACGCUCUUCGAACAUAAGGCCAGACAACAGACGCCAUUAGCACAAGUCUUUCAAAAUAAAAAAAGAAGAAUCGCUCCUUCUUAGAAUCUGACGCCGGUUGAGGGAAAAAAAGAUAAUAAUAUAUAUUCAUUUCUUGUCUUCUUGUACGUAGGCAAGAUUUAACGGAACGCAGUGGUAACUGGGGAUCGCGUUACAAUGAGAACAAACUUCGAGAAAGAAGAAGGGAGAGAGAGAGAAUUGCAGUGCAAUUUGGAACAAGCAACCUCGAUGAAUUUGCAAUCGACAAUGCUUCGAUAAAUAAAAAUCCUACUUGCUUGUUGUACGAAAAGGAAAUAGAGCCAGAAGAAAGUCGUGGAGCUUGUUGAAAUUCUCCAAGUUUCUUCACAUCGCAACUAGAUCAUUUAUGUAUGUAUCGCAUGCGUAAAUUCGAAGCCGCAAGUUUUACAUAUAUGCGUAAAAUAUUUUAAAAAAAUAUACCUAGGCGAUAGACCACUUUUUAUAUAUAGAUACAUUUCGUCCAUUUGAGAAGCCCUGCUCCUACAACCACAGCUAACGAACAUGCAAAUAUAGAAAAUGUUUUACCGUAAUCUUGCUAAGAAUCGAUCCCGGAAACACGCGAAUUUCUUCAUCGCUGACUAAUAUAUAAUAAUGUUAACAAUGAUGUACUCACGCCUAACUGGUCUCGUUCGAUCGUGUAACACGUUCGCACUUUAUUGGAAACCUCGUAAUUCGUAGCACUGCCAUACAACUAAAUUGCAAAGAAAGCUGGUGGUAAAGCGGUAAAGCGAACGUAAAGCUUUGCGUAAAUGGGAGCAGGACGGUCCAUAAAUAAUAAGAUGUACGCGUUCUGGAGAAUGCAACACACACACACACACACACACACACACACACACACACACACCGCGUUGAAUACGGAUACAUACGGGCUGCGUGUACUCUGGUUCACGAGAUACGUAAAGAUAUGUAUUCUACUCGUAAUAACGAUAUAUAAUGCGUAACCGAUACGUAAAUCGUGUAAAAAUUCUGCGCGAGAUGUGUUCGCUGGGAUGGUUCUCGAUGGAGGAGGAGGCACUUUCCACAGCCAUUCUUCCUUACGAGUAGCAACGAGAGUCUCUCGAGAAUACUCGGUCUUUUUCCGAGCUCUGCUACGAGGAUACGCCAAUAUCUCAAGGGACAAUUGCUUGAAGUAGCGUUCGUUCACUUUAAGCGGAGGAAUUUGCGUGAAGACAAUGACAUUUUAAUUUCCCAGAUCCUUUUUGUCACAAUUUCACGUUUGAAAAAUGAGCCUUUCCAAAUUAUGAAUUUGAUCGAUUCUUGUCCUGAAUCUCUCUUUUUAGAGCAGUUUGAACGAUAAAUGACCGAAGCACCUGACUGCUCAAAAAAGGAAAAGUGAAUGAUGACCAUCAUGAAAAGGAAGAUUAGCUAGCAGGCGAGCUCAUUUCAUAAAGUUCUACUUAUAUCUACUCGAAAGUCUCGAAGGUUCCUCCGAAGAACCAGCCCCGAUGAACGUCCGUAGCACUUCUUAUGGAGCUCAAGAACGUGAUGCUUUGCAUAAUUGACAUUUAUUGUAGAAUUAUAUUGUAAAUUACAAUAAUUAAGCCGAAGAAGGAGAAGAACAAGCGCAGGCCCAUGCUCGAGCAAUGUGUUUAUACGCGCGCGUAUCAAGCAGCGCAACCAGCUUCGAGAUCUGAUAACGCGAGAAAAAAAAGAAUUAAUAUCGUCGCUACGCAGUGCUUGCACUUCGCGAGAAUCGUACAUUCGCAUCUUCAUGUCAUCGUGGCGGCGUUUUUUGCAAUGAGAAAUUUCCAUCCAGACGUGAUCUACAAUUUGAUCAAGCAGGAAAAACGUUUCUGCGAUAAGACACGGAGGGACUGUGGUAUCCUACGCGAGUACAUCAGUAUUCUUCGCUCCCUCUAGAGUUACACGAAUGCACAGUAUAUCUUUAUAUUUCUCCUUGCUGCUCGUUCCUCUCGUUAAACUCUUCGUUAGCUUCGCGAAAGUCCGACUAGUAAUUAUAAGACGUGAUACGAGAGAAUCUGCCUGAUCUGGCCGCAUUCGAUUUUUACCGCACCGCUACCUCAUCGACCCUUUAUGUGGAUGACACUUGAUGACAAAGAUCUAUGUGCAUUCGACACAACGAAUAUUGCGUAGAGCCAAGUGUUGAAAAUUUGCGCUUAAAAUCAAUCGGAAACUUGUGUUUAACGAGUUAAAACGAACCGAUCGGACGAGAAUUUGUGACUUUGUGUCGGUUUUCUGCUGGGCUCGCGAAUUUUCGAGAUAUUUUUCAGAACAGAUAGAUGAGAAGCAUUUGAGAAAGGAACAGUGGUUUCUUUCUUUCCUUCUGUGAAUAAUACAUGAAUCGCUAAAUAACUAAUGCGUGAUAUUUAAUUAGUUAAACAAAAAAUAAUAUAUUUACGCUACCUUUUUUAUCUGCGAGAUGUGAUAUAAGUUACCUUUCAAUGAUUUUUCGAAUAAAAACAGAUGUCUCGAACCUGGCAGCAAUGCGAAACAAAAGUAACGAAUUUACUACUACCUUUUGUACACUUUCGCGCCGUGAAUGGACACGUACCAUUAGAUGAUAGGGAUGCUAACGGGUGAAUUAAUUAAUGUUCUUAAUGUUUAAUGCUCCACGGACCAAGACACGGGUAGUCCUACGGCUACUUUUUGUCGUACCAUUAGCGGCACUUUUUCUAGGCAAUGGCCCACGCGGAACCGCAUUAUUUGUAUUUAUAUGCACGCAUCUCGUUAAUUACAUCUUCAUUAUGAACUCAAAGUGCACUCGCGUUAACGGGACUUAGCAUUUAAUCUCGAAACAUUAAAGCCGCUGUUGCGCAAAAACGCCAUUACUCUCUGAAAGUAAAUGGCUUGCAAAAAAGACAAUUCAUCAAAACUAAUCAGAAUUUGUUUCGUCAAAAUUAGAUAUAUUCGGGGAAUUAUGUUAUAUUUUCAUAUCAUUAAGUUAUUUUCUACUUUCAGCUGCUUCUGUUGAUCUAUUUUCGAUUCUCACGUCGGACUUAAUUAACGAACGUUACUAUCACCGUCGUGGCAUGAAAGAUGAAUGUGUAAGAUAUACCGAUACCGAGAGAUAUAUUACGGAACAUGCUGCACGCUAAUUUAAUAUAGAAUAAUGUGAUAGCGUAUCACGGAAUUACUUAAUAUCGUGCACGUUUGUUAAACCACUAUUUCACGGCUUGGUUUCCAAAAAUUCUGGUUCAACGAGACAUUACAUAAAAUUGAUUUGCGUGACGAGGAAAAAAAGUAUUUGUCUUUUCAUUCGUUAGGCAAAAGAAACUGGAGGUACAAACUGAACAAUUCGCUAGUGUCAAUGUUACGUAUCUACGUAAUAUAAUCUCGUAUUUGUGAUAUUUCGAACGAGCUAAUCGUCGAUAAAAAGUGAACUAACACGCAUACGCAUACAAAGUAACACUAAAUACAUGUUACAAAAUAGGAUUAUCGUCAUACAUUAAGAUAAAAAUGUAUCAAACGUUUCUCGGUUCUCUUAUCCGCGCGAAACUUGCGUAGCGAGUUUCAUCGGCUUUAUGCAGUGCCUCCUAAAAUUUAUUAGCUCCAUGUUUAAGCGUCUCACAGAACACGAUUUACUUAUCCUUUUCUGUCAGAGCAUUCUUUACCUUUCUUCAUUCUAUCCUUACUAUGCGCGAAGAAGAAAGCGUAACAUUAAGAAUUAAACCGUUUAGAAAAUUAAAUAUCUAAGAUGGAAGAAACGUUUUUUAAUGGAACAUUGUGUUUUAAAAUUGCGCCGAAAAAAAUCUAUAAUAAGUAACAUGAGAAAAGAGAAAUGUAAUAUAGAGUGAUCCGAACACCAAAUUUUCUCAGACGAAAUGAUCAUUCAAUCAUGAAACUUGUACGUUUGACGAGAAAGCGAGAAUAUUCACGUACUCAGAACCCGAUUUUUGGUGCCACGAGAUCGCUCUUUUAGCAAUCUGUAACGUAAAUUAUGCUAUACAAAGAGAGCAGAGAAAAGGGAGAGAUUAACUAAAGAUUAUAAUUUAUAUAAGCAUAUAUACAUAUAUGUACAUUUCUCCAAUCUAUUUCCGAUUCUAUUUUUGUUAUUUUUGUACCUUUUCACUGCACCCGCUGCAGCGUGGAAGAGGAUAAUUCCACGUUGUACGCGUAUAUACAUAUAAGUAUAUAUACCGCAUGAUGGAGACGGAUUUCUGGUUUUCGAAUGACGAAGCUCUUUGCUAUGUAUAUAAAUCGAACAAAUUUUACGAAUUUCAUGCUAAUUAUUAAAUAUAACGAAAGGCACGCCUCUUGUCGUAUGAUCAUAUACAAUGUACAAUUCAUAUCUAGGACAAGUACAAGAGUGUAAAUCAGAAAAGCUACUGAAGAAACUACCACAGAUGUAACCGUAAAAAAUAUAACGGAAAUAGGAUGUACAAUAAUAAAAUAUUGGCAACUUUGUGAAAGAUACAUAACGUAAUAUUAUGACGGUACUCGAAUUCCGCCAUUCGAUAUCAUGCGGUCGCGAAAAGAUAUUGCCUACUGCACAUUUAUAUAGAGACACAUACACACAUAUAUGUGAAAAGAAGAUCACGUGUAAUUCACAAGACUCUACUUCGAGAUAAAUUUUGAAAAAUUAACGAAAAAUUGUCGCACGACCUGCACCUGAUAUAUCUAUUGAUUUGCACUAACUCUCAUUUCUUUGCACCAUUCUCUAGCGCUCUUUCUCAAUAAGGAAGACUUUGUUUCCACGUUUUCUCUCGAUGAAUUGUCACCCUAUCAGAAAACAGAACUUUACAGUCGAUACUUUUAGAGCAGUCCUGCAUACACAUGUACACACGCGCUUAUAUGUACAUAUAAAUAUAUACCGGACGCGAAACAAAUCUCGAGGUGAUGACGGUGAUGGUGAUGAUGCGAGAAACGAGAAAAUUAUACUUAGACGAAUAUUGUAAUAUUCUUACGUAAUAUAUUCUUACGUCGUAGAUUCUAGGCUUGAACAUUAUGUAAGUAGGACAGUAUGUCGUGUGGACCGUUUAAACGUCACAUGGCAUAUUACCCAUCUGUUAGUUGUUACUUAUUUAUUUCUACAGAAUAUUCAAGGGUGACUUUAUGCCCUUCGGGGCGUUCUGCGUACUCACAUAAUUCUUUGAUUCUUAUGAUUAGUGUUCUUAUCCUCCUACUCAAUCUUGCUGUCACGAGCAAUGCAAAACGAUGAUUUAUGUGGAACUACUCGUAAACUAAAAACUAGUUGUUCUCUGAUUAAUUAGCGAUCCGCACUGUGUAAUAUAUUAUAGUAUACAUCCGCAUUGUCGAAUAAUGCGUUUCGCUUCUCAGUAAUGCGCGUUUUAAAAUAAACAAAAAUAAAAAGAGGUAAAGCUGUGAUGUUAUUAAAUGCCGGCGCGACACGGCUCGCACGAACGCGUGACUAUUUUUGCAAUAUUUAAGGUGAACUAAAAGAAGAUGUAAAAGAAGAAAAACUUCAGAACGUAAAAUAAACGAAUAAUGAUUAACCCGAGCUCUCCCCAAAUCGCGAAAAUGGCUUUGCAAAACAGAUAAUGUAUCUUGUAAUCAUUAGAGAUAUGUUAUACAUACGCGAGCACACGCGUCGGGAGGUAUAUAUGUGUAGAUAUUACUCACGCGCGUAUAUGACAUCUCACGUACGAUUAAUUAUAUUAAUAUAUACGACGUGUAACCCGUUUGCGAUACUCGAAACGGGAUAUGAAACAAGCGAACAUUGUAAUGGAUUGAUUCACACGAAUGCAUUAAGUACAGAUGAUUUUUAAUCGUGUAAGCGAACCUAUUGAUCAUUAUGUCGUAUCGACGAUUGAUUAUCUGAUUUUUCGGCUGUGUUUGUGUAAUAUACAUUGUCAUUAAAUAUUAUAUUGUCAAGUGAAAGAAAA